AUGUUGAUUCGCCGUAUUUCGAGCUGUCGUCGGUGUCUGGCCAAGGUGGACACCACGUCAAAGGGUGCACGGGUUAUUGCAAACUCGAUUUUCCAGAAUAUGAACUCCAACACCUUGCCCAACAAGGAUCUCUCGCCCGUCAACCCGGCCAUUGACGCAGCCCGCUACUUCAGCAACCUCCAGAACAACAACAUGCUACAAGGAUCAGAAUACAAGCAGCUCCCUGACGAUUCACAAUUCAUAGAGAAACAUUACGACGAGUUGAAGCAGUAUAGAGAGCGGCUGGCCAAGCCAUUUGGCGAGUUCCCAUCAGUGAGCGAGUUAUUUAUGGAGCUAAGCAAGAUGAGACCCGAGUUUGGCUCGCAUGACACCCGGCCGAUAGCGGACUCGGAAGUGCUGGGAAACACAAACCGUCUUGCCGUGGUGGCCUUUGACCGGUUCAUUAACGACUUGGCCAUCACGCUGCGCCUGAACGGUGGCCACCUGUUCACACUCGAUCUCCUGCUCCAUAACAAGGAGUUAUUCGAUAACUUUGAAAAGGGCAAAGAAUGA